AUGCAGGCGCUUAGUAAUCUGGAUUUGAACAGUUGCUACCUGGCGGGCAGCCUGCCUGCCCAGUGGGCUCGUGCCCUGCCCUCCCUGCAGCGCAUCAAUGCUUCCAGCAAUGGCCUCACUGGCAUUUUACCGCCAGAGUGGAGCGCUCUGAAUUUGACAGCCAUCAACCUUGACAGGAAUGAGUUGGCAGGCAGCAUUCCAGAGGAGUGGGGAUCAAAUGGCACAUUCAAAUCCCUGGCAGCCCUGCACCUGUACAGCAACUCCCUCUCUGGCAUCCUGCCAGCCUCGUGA